AUGGAAGAUUGGAGAAGAAUAGACAUUGAUGCUUUUGACCCAGAUAGUGGUAGACUUAAUGUUGAAGACUUGAAGCCACCAUACGAGGCUACAAUCAGCCUUGCCGAGCUUGAACCCAAAAUAUCACAGCUGCGUUCCGCUGCCACUAGCGGUGAUUUUGCUACGGCUCUGCAAUUACUGACGAGUGAUCCACCUUAUAGUGCUGAUGAAACAGCUAAGGCUCGGUAUUUUGAAGCCGUUUUGAGUGUCCUGACCCAAGUUCGCCAGGCGGAAAUCGCGAGUUUGAUCAAACAGCUAUCUUCCACACAAAUCGAUGUGCUGAUAAAGUAUCUUUACAAAGGAAUGAGCGUUCCAGACGGUCAAAAGCAGGGUGGCAUACUUCUGUCGUGGUUUGAAAAGCUGACUCAAAACUCAGGCGUCGCACCUGUAGUGCGGUAUUUGUCGGAUAGAAACACAGUUUGA